CGGCUCCACAGGUCAGGGCCGGCUUGAGCUGCCACCACGUGGCACUGCAGGCCGCGCCCUCGGGAGUCAGUGGGGCUGGGCCAAGUAAGGGUGGAGCAGGGACCCCAGACCCAGAUUCCAUUGCGCACCUAUCUGUCCCAUUUGCCUGGGGCCUCCGGGCCAGUCUGCUGGGAGCUGUUCAGCUUCAGGCCCAAAAGGGGCAAUAGCCCUCCCAUCCCACACAGUCUUGGGUGGCGUGGCUGGCAGGGGUCCCUGCAGGGAGUGCGUGGCUGUGGUUGGUGAAGGGGCUGGGGAGGAGGGGGUGGUGUUGGAUUCUGCAGGCUCGGCUCGGAGCGCCCGCCCAGACCCCCAGCCUGGGCUGAGAGCAACCACUCGUGCUCGCUCCUCUGUUCCUCCGGAGCCACUGCCGCCAGCCGGGGAGGAGUGCAUGGGAGCAACUGCAGACUCUGUGGCACAGGUGCUGGCUCUUCCGUGACCAUGCCUGUGACCUUUGCCCUCCUGCUCCUCCUGGGCCAGGCCACCUCAGAUCCAUGCUACGAUCCUGGGGGCCAGCCCCGCUUCUGCCUCCCCCCAGUGACCCAGCUGGCUGGUGGCAUAGCAGCCCCCUGCCCUCAGGCCUGUGGCCUCUCCCCGGGGAUGGGCCCUGGCUCCGGGGCUAUCUGUAAUGGCAGCCUGACCCUGGACCUGGAUGGCCUCUUCCUCCUCACUUCCGUCACGCUGCGCUUCUGCACCCCGGGGCCCCCAGCACUGGUUCUGUCUACUGCCUGGGCCACUGGGGGUCCUUGGCGGCCUCUGUGGCGCAGAGCUGCCUGGCCUGGAGCCUUGGGGGGCCCCGAGAAAGUGACCUUACGCUCCCCACCAGGCCCAAAGGCCAGGGUGGUGGCGCGCCACCUCCGUGUGGAGUUUGGGGGCCGGGCAGGGCUGGCAGCAGCUGGAGUGAGAGGCCGCUGCCAGUGCCACGGCCACGCUGCCCGCUGUGCUGCCCGCUCCCGGCCUCCCCGCUGCCGCUGCCGCCACCACACCACCGGCCCAGGGUGCGAGAGCUGCCGUCCAUCCCAUCGUGACUGGCCCUGGCGGCCUGCUACACCCCAGCACCCCCAUCCUUGUCUGCCCUGCUCUUGCAACCAGCAUGCCCGCCGCUGCCGCUUCAACUCUGAGCUGUUCAGGCUGUCGGGUGGCCGAAGCGGGGGUGUAUGUGAGCGGUGCCGCCACCACACAGCUGGUCGCCACUGCCACUACUGCCAGCCUGGGUUCUGGAGGGACCCCAACCAGCCAAUCACCAGCCGCAAGGCUUGCAGGGCCUGCCAGUGCCACCCUAUUGGGGCAACAGGAGGUACCUGCAACCAGACCAGUGGGCAGUGCUCCUGCAAAUUAGGGGUUACAGGCCUGACGUGCAAUCGCUGUGGGCUGGGCUACCAGCAGAGUCGCUCCCCCAGGAUGCCCUGCCAGCGAAUUCCAGAGGCCACUACCCCCCUUGCCACUACUCCUGGUGCUUCUAGCUCUGACCCUCAGUGUCAAAACUACUGCAACACCUCGGACACCAAGGUCCACAUGAGCCUUCGGAGGUACUGCCAGCAGGACUACGUUCUGCGCGCGCAGGUGUUGGCGUCGGAGGCGGCGGGCCCCGCCUGGCGGCGGCUGGUCGUGCGCAUAUUGGCCGUGUACAGGCAGCGGGCCCAGCAGGUGCGCCGCGGUGACCAGGACGCCUGGGUGCCCAGCGCAGACCUGGCCUGCGGCUGCCUGCGCUUACACAAUGGAACCGAUUACCUGCUGCUGGGCAGCGCGGCCGGCGACCCAGACCCCGCGCGCCUUGUCCUCGACCGCCACGGCCUCGCAUUGCCCUGGAGGCCGCGCUGGGCCCGGCCACUGCGGAGGCUGCAACAGGAGGAGAGUGCCGGCGGCUGCCGCGGUCUGAAGUCCCCCACACCGAGCCCCCGAGCUGGACACUAACCAAGACUAGAACCGCCUCGCGACCACUUAAGAAAUUCAGGCAACAGGCGCGAACGCUCUAGCUCGACGUGCAUUCUGCGGAACCAAUCAGAAGCCGUGGCGCCCCUGGCGUCAUUCCACGUGCGCCGGCCUCGCGCAGGGAUGAGCAGAAAGCGCAGAACUGUAGGACUGUUGGGAGUUUCUGCAGCGCCUCUUUGGUUUGUGACCUGAAUAAUUCUUUUCCACAAUAAAGUCAAAUCUUACGGAA